GUGAACAGGGCCAGGCAGUCAAGGUGCUGUUGUUCAGUUAGCCAGAAAAUACGCAAAACAUAGGCCUACUGAAAUGGGCACCAGUCAUAUAUGGACGUUAAAACGCUAUGGGCGCUAUAUUCCGGGAUCUAGAGUUGGAAACGCCUUUGAAGCUGUUCGAUACAAAUUGUGAUAAACCUGAAAUGUUCAUGACAAUCACGGCAUCUGGACACUUGCUGAUUUCCCAAGGACAGGAAAGCCUGGAUGCAGUCAAUUUGUUCGGUGGAACCACAGUUUUCAAAGUACAACAGAAAUCUGAUAACCUGAUGCUUCGAUUUACAGAUGAGGGAGUGAGGCGCAUAAUGAGGAUGCAGUUUGAUGGGAGUAGCAAGACAGAGGCAAUAAAUGGUUGUUCCAACGCUGUGAAAAAACUGAUGGAGUACACGUCUGUCACCGCUCAGGAGGACGCCCCAUUGCCCCCAAAUCAGUCCCCUGCUGAGACCCCUGCACCAGUGAUACAGCAAGCGGCUGUGGGAGCUGAGCCUGAAGUGGCCCAGGGAUCAGUGACCAUCAGGCGUAUUACUCAGCACAUCUUGGGAGAGCAUGCUUUGAUUCUGCCUCAAUUGUAUCGCAACAAUUCUAUGAUUCAAGGUGACUUGGAGUCCACCCUGCGUGUGUUACUGAUGGAUCCCAGCUUUCCCGCAUUUGUGGAGAAAGUGGAGGGUGAGCUGAAGAAAAUCCUCUCAGAGUGAAGAGUCCCAACAACCGCUGACGGCAGAAGUCAGUGCAACGUUUUUAUUCGUGUAGAGUUUGUGUAGACAGUGCCUGGUGGUGGUUAUGGGUUGUUACUGUACUGCAGACGUUGUUGUAAAUGUUACACUGUGGUAGUUAUUGUAUUCACCCUGAAGAGGAUGCUUCUCAUGGUAUUGCAUUCAAGUGGUUAAAGGAAGAAUACAACAAAAAAA